GUCGAGCUGAGGCCAGCAUUCCUUCAGUUUGGAAACCUCAUUCGUACGGCCAACACACACUUUCGCAUAAGUAACAAAUAAAAUAUUCGUUUUUUCGCUAAAAAAACGUAAAACAUAAUCCAUAUUUUUUGAACGACACAAAAGUUAUUUACAAUACAUACAUUUUUUUAAAUAUCUCUUUUAAAAAUUGAUUUUAAUGUGUUUAAUAUAAAUAUAUUUACGAAUGUUCCGAAAAUCGGGGACGGUAAUUCUGCUAUCGAGAGGACGAGAAUGAUGGGAACGAUCGGGGUUGCGAAUGCCACUACGCCCAAGUAUAAUGAAUCCGUCUUUUUCCGAGGAUUACGACCAUAAGCACGUAGUGCCAGCACCUAGUGGUCUUAUGAAGUGAUUCAUAAAUGUAUUGAGGUCUUAUCGGAGGCGCAAUGGCAGUUUUUACCCGUGUAAGCCUGGAAAAUGUUGCACCAGACCGAGCCACGCGGCUUAAAGUUCAGAAACCGAAGGUAAGCGGCGAUGGAUUCAAUCCAAGGCGGCUCCCCAAGCCCCGAACAGAGUGGUUUCAAGGGGCCCUUGGAGCCACUGGGUUUUGGGGUUGGGGGAACCGCCGCUUGGUAAUGGGCCCUUUCGCCUUGAAUAUAUGUUUUUUAUUGUUUCGCAGGACACGAUCCUGCAUUAGGUUCGUCGAAGCUUUUCUUGAACUUCGAGGCACCGUGGCUCGGUCGCGGUCAACGUUUUCUAGGCUUAUUCCACUUCGCCAUCCUCUUGUGACUAGCGUGCACUUAAAGUUCUUCUGGGUCCUGUGGACUUCGUGGCCCAUCGGUAUCUCUCAUGUUCCGUCAACUGCUUAUCCGGGUAAAAAUCGCGAAAGCGGCUCCGAUAAGACCUCGGGAAGUUUAUUGAUCCCUUUAUGGGAACACUAGGUGCUGCUGCUAUUGUAACGUCCGUGUCCUCUGAAAUCGAGAGAUUCGUUAUAUUCGGGCGAAGUGGCGUUUGCAUCCCCGAGGGUUCUCCUCAUCCUUGCCCUGUCGAUCACCUUAUUGUAAUAUAUUUUUGGAAUUUGUUUAGAUUUAGUUUUCUAUAAAUUAAUUGAAAAAGAAAACUUAAAUGUUAUUUGUUGCUUAUGCAAAAGUGCGUGUUUGUCGUACUAAUUAGGUUUACAAACUAGAGGUAUGUUGGCCCUAGCUUGGCCAACUAAAUCACCUUACUCCGCGCUCAAAAAGAAUACCCUCCAUGCGUCAUUUUGACAUGAACCAUUUUCGAAGCAGCGAACGUUAUUUCUGGUCGACGCUGGCAACGCCGUGGAGCCUGCGCCUUUGCUCGGUGGUGGAAACAACAAAAGGACAAUAAAUAACAAGCCAAACUGGAAUGGGCCACAACACAACAAUUGUCGCUCGCCGCCUUUAGCGGCAUCGAUUUUGAGGGAGAAUCCACACAUCCACAUCGACAGGCACAGCUUAGGCGGAAGGACACCCACGGGGAUUUGCGAGCGCAGGGAGCAAGGAGCAGCGGAGGGAAAGCGAAGGCAGAACGAGUCCAGCUCGUUUUCCGCACCCAGUUUUCAUGUCCUCAGACAGACGCUACUACUUCGGAGCGGAUCUGGAGGACAAUGGGGACAACGCCAUCUGCCAGGACAGCGGCAACAACGAGCCGGAGGUGGACAAGGACGACCACGACCCGGACGAAUCGGAGUUCCUGCAGGAUGUGCCGUACUCCUCGAGCAGCAUCGACCGCAGCUCGGUGGGCUCCAUUCCGUGGGCGGACGACGCCAUCAAGAAGAACCUGCUGGACUGGGAGCGGGUGGAGAGGCUGAUGAGCGGCGAGGAUCCCCUGACGGAGCUCCAGGAGCCGGAGUUGCGCAACGAGAUCGCCGACUGGCACCGCAAGUUUCCCAGCCUGCUGGGCCGCAGGACUCGUCCGAUGCGCCACCACAGCUUCGACAGCCAGACUCGGGAGGACAUAGACUCGAUUUCAAAUCUCAGCCUGAACUCCCUGGAUGACGAGGAUGACGACGAGGAGGCGGAGGAUGGCUUUCUUACGCCCAAAGCGGAGGAGCCGCAGCAGCUGCUGCAUCGUCCUUACUUGCGUCCCAGCCAAAAGAAGCUGGUGGAUCUACUGGACAGGGAUCUGCGGGUCACCUCCGUCUCGGUGAAGCUGCUCAAGCGCCAGCGCAGCCAGCAGUACCAGCAGCCGCAGCUGCCCAUCUCUGCCACCACCCAAUCCUCGGCCCGCCUGCGCAUGCCGCCCAUCCUGAACGUUCUGGACACCAACCGACGCUUCCGGGGAUUGCUCAACAACCGCAGCUUCGUCCAGCUCACCCAGGUGCAGCAGAAGGAGCAGCUGCAGCACCAGAACCAGGCCAAGUCCGCCGUGCUGCCACAUCAAAGCCAUCGAUCGUCCGCCUGGCACAUGCCCAUGGCUGCCAGUCGCUUCUUCAACAACAAGAACGCCGUGGUGCUGCCAUCGCUGAACCUGGGCAGGCACGGCAGGGAUUUGCUGGCCACCACCACGGCCACUUCGAGCCAGAGCAACUCGAGCGGCGGCGGCGGGCACAACAGUCACGGCCACAGUAACAGUUCCUCCAACCGUUCCACGCUGCAUCCGUUCGGGGCGACGAGCGUUUCCAGCAACACCCCAUCCACGGGACGGUCCAUCUCGGCGGCAGUGCAUCAUCCGCGAUCCGAAUUCGCUCCCAGCAGCGCCUUCUACAUACCCUACAGUGCCUCGAAAUUCAAAGCCUUCAAGUAACCUCAAACAAUAAAACUGAACUCAAAGAA